UUCUGGUGGAGGGCUGGUAGAUGGCCAAGUUACCAUGAAGCUUCCUUGCUUCCUUCCUUCAUUUACUUUCUCUUGUCCUUUAAAUUUUUUAUUAAUGUCAUGUAAUUUAGGGCUCUUUCACAGAAUGACAGUAACAUGUCACAGCUUCUUCUAUCUUCAAUGGAUUAAAGUCGAAAAUGAUUGUGAAACAUUGUUCCUUCAAUAAUCAAUGCCAUGGACCCGCUUUUGUCCCCCACUAAUCUCGAUCAGGAUAAGCUUUAAACAGGAAGACAAAAUCUGUUUAUAUAGACCCUGAAGCCUGAAUAUAACAAAUAAAAGACUUCAGAGUUUUUUUUUUUUUUUUUUAACCUUUUAUCAAUGGCUGGUAUGCUUCCUGGUGUUGAAUAUGCUAGAAGAAGACGGUUCCAUCGAAGCGAAGGGCCAUCUGAUUCACCAAGCGUGUCUGCUGCUGGCUUGACAAGGAGGUCCUCCUUUGGUUUGUAUAAAAGCAGCCAUGAAACUCAUCAUUGCUCUGUUUCUUCACAGCAAAGGAGCACAUUAAUUCAAGCUCAUCAGGAUGAGAAGCUGGGAGGGGUAGCGAGAGAAGCCAAGGAAAGAUUAGAUGAGAGGCUGAGAUCACAAAGAAAACCAGAACCCAAAAGGCAAACCAGCAAAGAAAGUUUGAAGUGCAUGGAUGGGAGAUCUUUGAUUCAAGGGCAGUUGCAUACAGAAGUGUUUGGAUCAAAGAAGUUUGGUCAGAAGAGGUUCAGUUGGUCCAAGUUGAGUUGGGAGGCCUCGGAUCAAGAUGAGUGUGCGAUUUGCUUGGAACGGUUCAAGACUGGUGAGAGCCUGGUUCAUCCCCCAUGCGCACAUCGGUUUCAUUCAAGGUGCCUGGUCCCAUGGCUAGAGAAUAAUGCUCAUUGCCCUUGUUGUAGAACGGAAAUCCUAUCUUGAAGAAUAACAAAAGAAUUACUGUAAGGUUGGCAUGCCAAAAAUGCAUCACAUGACAUGUUAAAUUGUUUGUUUCAUACAUGUGAAAUUAAAAUUUCUAAUUAACAUUGUGUAAUUGUUCUCAUGUUUCUACUUAUAGAUUCGUUUUAAAUGUUUUUUAUAUUGAAAAUGGAGGGAGUUGAUGAACUAAGCU